GAAAAAAGGGCGCCACUGGAGCAGCGUGGGGAGAAGCGUACAAACGGAAAAGAUACAGAAGUACAAAUAUACGAGUGAAUUACAACAAAUUGGCGACGAGGAAGUACGAAAAUCACGUUAUUAUACCUAAGCAAACUAAGCUUGUGUUGUUUUCAUGGAUCCGGCGUCAAAGAAGACCGAAAUUCCUGCUGCUUCUGUCACCACACGGGCUGCUGCUAAAUCUGCCAGUACCGGAACACCUACGGCCGAUUCUUCUUCAAACCUUCCUACUGGCGUCCUUGCUACGGACAAUUCUGCUACUGCUAAGCCUAUUUCUUCGAACACUUCUACUAGAGGCCCUGUUACGGCCCAUUCUGCUGCGGUAAAACCAAAGGCAUCCAGUUCUACUACAUCCAGCACAUCGGUGCCCGGCUCAAGUGUGGGUGAAGGUACCGCUCUGUCUGUUUCGGUCCGGGGGAUAACUACUGCUGUUACGAAUAUGUCUACAAUGUUCUCAUUUGAGCCGUUUGAUCCAACAAACUGCAAAUUUCAGAGAUGGUUGGAAAGGUUGCAAAUUGCCUUCAAAAUCCAUCGAGUUUCCGAAGAAGACAAACGUGAUUACCUUCUCCAUUAUAUGGGUGGUGCUACUUAUGACGUGUUGUGCAACAAGUUAAAGAAUGCAGAACCGCAAACUAAAACGUUCCAGGAAAUUGUUUCCAUUCUUCAAGAGCAUUUCAACCCAAAUCCUUUAGAAAUUUUGGAAAAUUUCAAGUUUGCAAAUCGGAAGCAAGCUGAAAACGAAACACUGUCUACGUAUCUAAUGGAAUUGGAGAAGCUAGCACAAACAUGCAAUUUUGGGGAUUACCUCGACAAAGCCUUGAGAAACCAAUUUGUAUUCGGACUCCAAAACCGUGCGAUCCAAUCGCGGUUGCUCGAGGUGCGCGACUUAACAUUGGCUAAAGCGAAGGACAUAGCUUUUAGUAUGGAAAUGUCAAAUCGAGGCGCAGACGAAAUACACGGCGCCGGUGCAGCGUAUCCAGUUCAGCACAUCAGCACCACGAGCAAGAAGAAGAGCAAGCCAACAACGGUUCAAAGGAAAACAGCUUGCUAUCGGUGUGGAAACGAAGAGCAUUUUGCGGAUAAGUGUCGACACCGGAAUGCAAUUUGCAACUACUGCAAGAAAAUGGGACACUUGGAUAAAGUGUGUCGUACAAAACUACAACGAGCAGGAGUACACACACUGGAGUACGAGCCUGAUCUUCCUGCCUGUGACGAUGACGUUGUGGAUGUGCUCAACCUGAGAGCAGUGCAAAAUCUGGCGGGUCAAUAGUACAAGCGCAACCAUCCAACCCUCCACCAAUGAGUUUUCCAUCAGAGGCUCCAUGUUCAGCGGAAAUACCACCGGAAGCAAAACUGCGGCGACCAGCAAGGAGUAUCAAAACACCACAAAGGCUACUACUGUAAAUAACUAUUUCGGAGGGAAGAGCUGUCAUAACCAUCGAAAUGUCAACAUCACCAAAUGGACCAACCUGGUAGCGGUUGGCUGACAGCGGCUGUCAACAGGGGGAACGGG